AUGCUCAGCUAUGCUGCGAAGUGGGGCGUUUCAGUCUCAGAUAGGCAGCUGCUUGGAUAUCACAGCACGCCCUACAGGAUGGCUCUCACUUACUCGAGGGACGCUGCUGCGCAGCCUUUGAUGGUCUUGGAAAGGCUCAUAGCGGCAAUCAGACAAGGCAAGUUUCGUCCAGAUGAAACGCGGAGUGGCAGACUUUUGGAGGGUGGACUUGAUGGUCGUCAGCCCGACUCAGCGGUCGUUCUGGUGAAGGACGAGGAUCCCGAGGGCGAGGCUCCGACUGGUGGCGUCGAGGACAUAGAUGCUGCUGGUGUGACAGCGGAGAAUGACUCAGACAUCGAUGGCCACAUCACAACGGAUUCUUCUUCCAGCGACUCUGCACCGGAGCAGGGCGAGGGACCUUUCAGGAGCUUGAUUGUGAAUCCUCCUGAGAAUCAUGACAUUUGGAGGCACGAGAAAUCUCGCAUCGUCCACUACACGCCGGCGGGAUACACUAAGGUGUUCUGCUGUGGCUUCAUGUCGACGAUCAUCGAUAGUGAAGCUGCCUUCCAGCAGAGAUGUGCGGAGUCGGCGAGUGAUGCUACCUUGCAUUCAAAGCUGGUCGCUCAGGGCAUCAAGACUUUCAAGACUUUGGCCUUUGUCAUAGGGUCGCCUCAGCAGCCGCCGACUGAGACACAGUUUGAGGCUUUCAGCUCAAAGGUGUAUGGCGCUGACCCCACUAUGGGGCAAACUGCAGUCUUGCGACACCUGCACUUUGAAGCAACCACCCUUGUAGUGCAAACAUAUCGAGACUUGGUCACGCACGACCCUUCAGAUCCCUCCUUCACCAGGAAGGUCCCGGUGCCCGAGAAGCGUGCAAGGCUUGAGGGUCAAAGGAAACGACUUUCUGGAAUGGAGUUGACUGGGGAGCUGGAGCCUUCGCAUCAGCUUUUGGACAUGAUUAACCAACAGUAUGAGUCGGGGGUCAUUACUUGGGUCCCAGCGUCUAAGUGCGCGAAACGAGAGGCUGAGAUUCUUGCGGGUGGCAAGGAUAAAGGUUCUCUGCUUCAGGUGGAACAGAAUGUCAUCAAGGUGGGCCAGGGCGAGCCGCACGUGGCCUGCGACGUCUCGGAUCCUCUUAGGUUCCAGUGGGCGAUGAUGCGCCGGGGGCUCGCAUUUGACAGUUGCCACAUGAUUUCAUGGGAAGUGCAUCAGAAGUGGGUGCAAAAGAUGUUGGAUUGCUUGUCGAUGAUGCCUCCACCGGGUUAUGCGGCUGUCAGCCUUAACCAGUGCAUGCGAGCCGACAAGGAGCUUUUCCUACUUCUGGCCAGGGAGGCU